AUGGCGGUGUCGGAGUAUGAGGACAGUUCUGAGGAAGAGCCCCUCACCGACGAUGAAACCCACCAGGAAGAAAACCAGGUGAAUGGUGACAAUAGCGGUGACGAUGAGUCGCAGUUGGACUCGGGAUCAGACAUGUUCGAUAGCGAUGACGACGAGGAGGAAGCUGAAGAAAACGGGGAGCCACAACAGAAGCUUGAGCCAUUCACGACCAAAGAUCAACCUAGUGAGGAUGAAGACUUUAGCAAUGAUGAAAUUGAUUUUAGUCAGAUGGCCUCGUUAAAGCUGGAUUCGUCAUCUACUCUGGCCAAACAAACCACUACGCUUUCAAAGACGGAUGCUCUCCCACAACUUAUUGAGUUGCUUGAGCCAGCAGAAACUCCGCUUGAGGCAUUAACUCGGUGCUCAGCUAACUCCGAGGUGGUGAUCAAACUCACCGAGUGCUGUAACGUGCUAUUGUCGCUGUUUGACGUCUACGAUGCGCUGAAAGAAGAGCUACUUCGUCGCUACGCUCGUGAACACGGCCAAGAAUUUAGAGGUACUAAACGCCGACGAGACGAAGACGAUGAUCCUGAGAAUGAAUGGUAUUUCCGGUGGGUGGGUGAUGAAACUGUACACGGCCCCUAUUCUCAUGAACAAAUGGUGGAGUGGAAACACCACCAUUUUGAGGGACAAGUGGAGGUUAGACGAUCACCGGAGGGGGAGUUUGUUCCCAUUGAUGAAACUACUGAUUUGUAA